AUAACAUCGCUUUUCAUGCACGAUUAUUGAGAGCACAGGGAAACCUUGGUAACUACGCUGUUGUUGUUUUUGGGAAAGUAACACAGAACUCUGGAAAUGCUUAUAAUGCCAACACCGGUAAAUUCAUAGCACCUGAAGAUGGACUCUACUUUUUCCUCUGGACGAUUCUGACAAGGGACGGAAAAAUCUUUAACACUCAAAUUGUCCUCAACGGUAACAUUUUUGGUUACAAUAAUGCAGACGGCGUGUCAGGCAAUUCAAACUUGGCCUCUGGAUCUUCAUCAGCCGUUAUAAAAAUGAAAAAGAAAGAUGAAGUCUGGAUAAGAACACAUGGUAAAGACGGGAAAUAUGCUUAUGCUGAAUGGUCAUCAUUCACUGGAUUUAAACUGUAA